AGCAAGUAUCUUUUAAGGAACACUAUGUGCCUGCUUGUGUCCUAAAUGCAGAAGAAGGCAAGAGGGAAGGUGCCAUGGAGCCCAGAAGGACUACAACCCCAUGAAAAUUGGCAAAGUAUAAAAGCUUCUCAAGAAUGCAAUGGAUCCUGGACUGUCCUCCCCUGAGAAGCUGGAUAAAGAGAAUCUAGUGGGCAUCAGCAGUAAAAGGCUUGGUGUAUGUGGCUGGAUCCUGUUUUCCCUUUCUUUGCUGUUGAUGAUCAUUACCUUCCCUAUCUCCAUAUGGAUGUGCUUGAAGAUCAUUAAGGAGUACGAACGUGCAGUUGUAUUCCGUCUGGGACGCAUCCAAGCUGACAAAGCCAAAGGCCCAGGUUUGAUCUUGGUCCUACCCUGCAUAGAUGUGUUCGUCAAAGUUGAUCUCCGAACUGUUACCUGCAAUAUUCCUCCACAAGAGAUCCUCACCAGAGACUCUGUGACCACCCAGGUGGAUGGAGUCGUCUAUUACAGAAUCUACAGUGCUGUCUCCGCAGUAGCUAAUGUGAAUGAUGUCCACCAGGCCACAUUUCUACUGGCUCAGACCACCCUCAGAAAUGUCCUAGGGACACAGACCUUGUCCCAAAUCUUGGCCGGCCGAGAAGAGAUUGCCCACAGCAUCCAGACCUUACUUGAUGAUGCCACCGAGCUGUGGGGCAUCCAAGUGGCCCGCGUGGAGAUCAAGGACGUGCGCAUUCCCGUGCAGCUGCAGCGCUCCAUGGCUGCUGAGGCCGAGGCCACCCGGGAAGCCAGGGCCCGGGUCCUUGCAGCUGAAGGAGAAAUGAAUGCUUCCAAAUCUCUGAAGUCGGCCUCCAUGGUCCUAACAGAAUCCCCUAUAGCCCUGCAGCUGCGCUACCUGCAAACCUUAACCACUGUGGCCACAGAGAAGAACUCCACCAUUGUGUUUCCUCUGCCCAUGAAUAUACUGGAGGGCAUAGGUGGCAUCAGCUAUAACAACAACAAGAAGCUUCCUAAUAGAGCCUGAGAAGCACUUUAGAGGAUUUGUCAAGGGACAUAGAUCUCACAUCUAUACUAGGUAUUUCUUUUACAAUUCAAUUUCACAGUAAUUAUGUGCUCAAUUUCCAAUAAUCACAACAAAAGUUCCUCAAGGCUUAAAAUUAUCAUUGAUUUGGAUACUAAGGACUAAGAAGCAGUGAAGCUCCCAGCUGCUUAAUUUAUCACAAAGUCAAGGGCAGGUUACCCAUAGCUCUGGCCAUAUCUGUCCUGCUGCUUGUCAUCCAGCCAGGAGUAACCAGUUCUCAGCCUCAUAGCACCUUUGUCCCAUGUGGCACCAGACUUACAAAUGAGAAAUCUUGUAAUGGGUUUCCCUGGUUGAAAUCAUCAAGCAACAAUAGCCCACGGACUUUGUGUUUUCACUUUGUUGUUAGUCUGGAGAGCCACACUAAUCAAGAAUUGUUUGUACACUCUAACCCCACUCCCCCCCACCCAGUAAAACAAAUCUGUUAAAAAUUUUUAAAAAGCCAUAGAG